UGAUCAGCAGGCCGAGAAGGCUAAGAAGCGCCCGCCACCCCUGGAUCUUUCUGUCGCCAGGGUUGAAGACGACGAAGAAGACGAAUACCGCAUGAACACAGCAGACUCAGUGUAUUCAUGCUCGGAAUUAGACCCAGAUCAUCCCUGCCGUUAUCUAAAUGCCAAAGAUGUGCGGUGUCAAGUCCACAAUGCACCAUCUAGACAGCUCCCUGGGACGAAAUACGCUAAGCCAUUUUACAACAACGAGGAUCUUGACAACCUGAAGAGCAAAGGUCCAAGACUAGAGUUUCCUCUUCGUAGCGAUGGAUCAUCAUAUCGACGCGGCCCGCCUGGACCAGUGCGCGCAAUCUACAACGAGGACCCCAAGAAGCGUACUAAUUUCGACGUGGUUUACCACACUACCACGGACCCCAAGAAAUUCAGCGAUGACCUCGACAUUGCAAAAUACAGGCCAAGUAGCAAACGUUGACCUAUCUCUGUGAGAUUACGACUCAACUUUUGGUUCAAUAUCCAACCUAGGAUGUGUACAAUGCGCAAAAUUAGGUACUUUUGGCAAAUGAGUUUAUUCUAGGCAGACUACCAGGAAAGCCGG